AUGGCGCUGACUAGGAUACUGACUACGGUUGCUACAUGCUUCCUCGUGUUCGACACAGUUCUCGCUGCUGCCGAUGCAGCUAAUUCAUCACAGCAUGUUGUUCCCAACGCGGCUGGAGUCACAGCCCUUGACCCUGCCAAAGUCCAGAAGUACAAGUCUCUACUGGAUCACUUUGAUUGGAAGGAAAAGUGGGAAAACGGAUUCAAAUGGCACGAUAUCGUCGACGAUUACGCCCCAGCCAAUGCAGACUGCUCACCGAGAUGCCUGACUUGUGCCCCUGGGUGUAACCCGAGAUGCUGUGCGCUUGACAGUUCACCGGCGACCACUGACAGGAACUUUGGCUCUCCUGAUACAUUCAUCUCUCGCCCGAUCUUUCCCGGUAUUGGACGUCCUCUUCCCCGUCCACCACUCGGCUGUCCUUGCCAUUGCGAGUCGUGGUGCCCGAGAAAUGUUCAAAUCAUCUGCUGCUUUACACCUGCCUCUGCUUCUCCAGAACCAGGACCAGGAGAAGGCGCGAUUCGUUCGGAACGAGCUCACCUUGUCGACGAUGACAUACAGAAGAACCUUCUCGACCGGAUCUUCCCUAUUCAAGAGCAUUUCUGGGGCCGUCCAAAGCACCCUGAAGCAUGCCCGUGUUACUGUGCCCCGACCUGCCCGGCAUACAUCCAAGCAAUCUGCUGCACGACUCCGGGCUCCGACUCCCGCGUCAGCGAGCCCCCGAAGAAACUGCACGACGUCCUUGCGAUGGUCACGGCAACCACGUCUGGAGAUCCGGUCUCGGUGCUAGCCGCCAUCAACCUGACAGUCUUUGACAGUUUCAUCACCAUGAAUCUCGUGCGUGGGUUGAAGCGAGUCAACGAAGUCACGUACAGCGACGACACCAAGACGUUCGAAAUCACGCUAGGCGUCACGGUCGGGCCCAAGGAGACCAAGCAGGCGCUGGCCCACACGUUUGUCGUCGUAGACGGCUCGCGCUUGUUGGAGGAAGAGCAGAUCCUGCUCGGCGCGGGCUUCAUGAAUAGGAUUGGUGUCCGAGGUGGAGCGCGAGCGGGAGCCGUGAAUGUGAACAAGGACUUUUUGACGCCGCUGGAAGAGGGUCUCCCUGUCCUCACGGGGGUUGAUGAAGGAGAGAAAGCGAAAUGA